UAUUCAAAGUUGAAACCCCACAGUUCUGAUCUUUGCUCGAUUUUUGUUCACAUUCAUCGUUUUCUUUUUCUUUUCUUUUUUUUUUGUUUGGGGGACAAUAAUCAAUCUAUGUUCAUAUCCAUCACCGAUCACCAUGCUUAAUAACCAGCAGAAAAUGUUGAACAAGUGUUGCGAAAACAAGAAACCAGGGAAAACCAAAGGCCGGCAAAGGAUUGAGAUCAAGCAACUCGAGAAGAAAAACAACUUGCAUGUGACUUUCACGAAGCGCAGAACUGGUCUCUUCAAGAAAGCAAGCGAGCUUUGCAUCUUGUCUGGUGCAAAAAUCGGCAUUAUCGUGCUAUCUCCCAGUCCCAGAGAGAAACCUUUCUGCUUUGGCCACCCCAACAUCGAUACAAUCCUGGAUCAAUAUCUCAAUAAUAUUGGAAACCCUACUUUUGAUGAUCAAGAUUAUGCAACAACAGAUCUUCCAGCUUUUGAAGAAAUUAACAAGCAGUAUGAGGAGUCGUUGAAGGAGCUGGAGAAGGAAAAGAAGCGUGGAAAGGAGAUGGAGGAGGCAAAGAAAGUGGGAAACAAUGUCGGGUUUUGGUGGGAUAUUGAGUCUGUUGAAGGUAUGGGGAUAGAGGAGCUUGAAGCCUACAUGAAGGCUACGGAGGAGCUGAAGGAUAAUCUGAUCGUAAGGGUUAAUGCCUUGACGAUGGCUAAUGUUAUUGAGACUGUUGCCCAGGCUAAUCAUGGUCAUGGUUUUGGCUUUGCACAAAAUCCAGGUUUUGGGGGUACACAGUGA